CCGAAGUGCCAAAGUACUUUCUCUCUCUCGAAUCAAUUAACUCACUCCUCCCCACACUUUUUUUUUUCUGCUUUCAGCUGCUACAUACAUCACCUACCCCUUCUCUGUUCAUUGCUCAAUUGUUUCCCUCACAACUCAUAACCUCAUUCCCAUUUAACCUUUGAAAAAAUUCCAUACUGUAACAACAGAUCACCAUGGCUCUAUCACGUUUGUCCCACCGCAGCAUCGGAUCCACUCUCACAAAACCCUUCUCCGCCGCCGCCGCCUCCGCCGCCUCCUCCCGUUCGAUCUCCACCUCGGACACCCCCUUAACAAUCGAGACCUCUGUCCCCUUCACCGCGCACAACUGCGACCCCCCGUCACGCGCGGUCGCGACCUCCUCCUCGGAGCUCCUCACCUUCUUCCGCGACAUGGCCCUGAUGCGGCGCAUGGAGAUCGCCGCUGACUCCCUCUACAAGGCCAAGCUCAUCCGCGGCUUCUGCCACCUCUACGACGGCCAGGAGGCCGUCGCCGUCGGCAUGGAGGCCGCCAUCACUAAAAAGGACUCCAUCAUCACCGCCUACCGCGACCAUUGCAUCUUCGUCGGCCGCGGUGGCACGCUCCUGGAGGUCUUCGCCGAGCUCAUGGGCCGCAAGGAAGGAUGCUCGAAGGGGAAGGGCGGGUCCAUGCAUUUUUAUAAGAAGGAGAGUGGGUUUUAUGGUGGGCAUGGGAUUGUUGGGGCGCAGGUUCCGUUGGGGUGUGGGUUGGCGUUUGCUCAGAAGUAUUCUAAGGACGAGAGUGUCACUUUUGCUAUGUAUGGAGAUGGCGCUGCCAAUCAGGGACAGCUCUUUGAGGCGCUUAAUAUCGCCGCGCUUUGGGAUCUUCCUGCUAUUUUGGUCUGCGAGAAUAAUCACUAUGGGAUGGGGACUGCGGAGUGGAGAGCUGCCAAGAGUCCUGCUUAUUAUAAGCGUGGGGAUUACGUGCCUGGCUUGAAGGUUGAUGGUAUGGAUGUUCUUGCUGUUAAACAAGCUUGCAAAUUUGCAAAGGAACAUGCUUUGAAGAAUGGACCCCUUAUUCUUGAAAUGGACACUUACAGAUACCAUGGACACUCUAUGUCUGAUCCUGGCAGCACAUACCGGACACGUGAUGAAAUUUCUGGUGUGAGACAGGAGCGUGAUCCAAUUGAGAGAGUAAGAAAGCUGGUAUUGUCUCAUGAUAUUGCUGCUGAAAAGGAGCUAAAGGACAUUGAGAAAGAAGUCAGAAAAGAAGUUGACGAAGCCAUUGCUAAAGCAAAGGAGAGUCCAAUGCCAGAUCCAUCUGAUCUAUUUACCAAUGUCUAUGUUAAAGGUUACGGAGUUGAGACAUUUGGUGCUGAUAGGAAAGAAGUGAGAGCUACUUUACCAUAAUUCAGAACUUUGUCCUUUGAAUAUCUUGCCACCUUGUCGUAGCAGACUCUUCAAAAUAGUGAAGAAUAAAAGGUUCUACAGAGGGUCAUCUCUCUCCCCUAUUCGUUGAGUUUCUGCCCGCGUGUAUAGUGUGAAUUUAUUCAUAUGCUUGGUUAGCAAUGGGGCGGGGUUUGUUAUUUUUUUGUCAUGUAAUAUUUGCGGAUCUAACAGCCAAAGCAUCAUUGUGAUUGAUGCAACUGGGGUGUUCUGCAAAUUUGAGGAAUACAUUGUGCACUACUGAAGAUAUGUAGUUCAGAAUAUUUUAGACACGUCAAACAGUUCAAAAAUCUAUAUAGAUAUAUAUUAAAGAAUA